AUGACGCUUUGCAUAACUCUUACUUUACUCACAAUUACGUUGCCAAGGCUUUUGGUAGGACUUGAUGUAUACUGGAACUUCCCUGCAGAGCAAUGUCAAAACAAUUCUACUCAUCAUAUAAACUUCCAAACAUACAAAAUUAAAGAAAAUACAAAUUACACAUUCCAAGGCGAUAAGAUUGUGAUUUUCUACGAAUCCAAGUUUGGCCUAUAUCCUUACUAUAAAAAGUACAAUGCUAGCCAGCCCAUCAACGGCGGCCUUCCACAAAAAUGCUCUUUGGAUGCUCAUCUAGCAGAGGUGGAGAAAAACAUCACUAAUCUUAUUCCGAAUGAAGAAUUUGAUGGCUUAGCUGUUAUCGAUCUAGAAGAGUGGCGCCCACGUUAUAAUCAGAACGAUUGGGGAGCUAAGCAAGUUUUCCAAAACCAGUCAAUUCUGCUCGCUAAAGAACUUCAUCCAGGAUUAAAAGACCAAGAAAUUAAAAAAACUGCUGAGGAAGAGUUCAACAAAGCAUCUGAGUGA